GUUCACUUACUCUUCUCUUCUUCUUCUUCACACAACAAAUAACCUUCACCUUCACCAUUUUUCGAAAUUAUCAGCAGCCGCUCGCUUCUUCCGUGCUGUUCAAUCUUCAAUUCCAUCCAUUACAGACAUCGCCUCGUCUUAUUACAUCUAUUCUUCCGAGAACCAACCCCUUACCAUUGAUUGUCGAUCAUGAAGGUCUCCUGGCUUUCGUUCGCCCUCGCGGGCUCGGUAUCGGCGUUCUGGCGACUGGAAUGCCAUGGACGCAGCGGUGUGGCCCGAAUCGACCCACUAGUUAACCCAGGAACGCCUGCGUCUCAUGCCCAUGCCAUCCACGGGGGCAACAACUUCGGAUUCUCAAGUGGCUACGAUGAUCUCCGUGCUUCGGAGUGUACGUCUUGCAGUGUCAAGGAGGAUUUGUCGGCAUACUGGUUCCCGCCUAUUUACUUCGAACAUUCCAAUGGAACUAUCGAGAUGGUACCACAAGUCGGUGGUAUGCUGGUCUACUACAUUCAGAUUGGCGACAACGUCAAGGCUUUCCCUCGCGGAUUUAGCAUGAUCUCUGGCGAUACGCGGCGACGAAACUUCACCGGCCCAAUCCCGGAUCUCGAGACAUCAGUCUGGACUGCGGAAGAGCAGACUCAGUCAUCACUUGAAGGCAAGGCACUAGGCUUCAAUUGCUUGAACUACAACCGUGAUGCGGAGCGCUUCGGUUCCCGCCAUUUCCUCCCUACUAAGGACUACAUGGACGAAAACUGUAAGGACGGCAUUCGCCUGGAGCUCGUCUUCCCCUCCUGCUGGAAUGGCAAGGACACCGAAUCCCCCGAUCAGUCUCAUGUUGCAUUCUCCAGUCUGCUCCAGGGCGGAACAUGUCCGGAAGGGUUCGAGACCCGGAUCCCCACCAUUCUGUUCGAGAGCAUCUUCAACACGAACGCCUUCAAUGGUGUCCCUGGCCGGUUUGUCAUUGGUAACGGUGAUCCUACUGGCAACGGUUUCCACGGCGAUCUUAUCAGUGGUUGGGAACCGGAUUUCCUGCAAGGUGCCAUCGACCAAUGCAAGGAUGCCUCCGGUCAACAGUCAGCCUGCCCACUCUUCACCAUCCAAGACGAGGAGACCGAGCAAAACUGCAAGAUCGAUCUUCCCUCCGAGAUUCGCGAUGAAGACUGUCUCCGACCCGGCAAUCAAAUGCCGGGAAAUGUCCAGAUCUACGAUGGUCCCGGCUAUGCCCCUCCUCCUGGCAGCACAGCACCCCCUGCAUCUACCACGGCACCACCCCAGACCUUGAGCUUAGGAUACACUCCCGGCGAACUUGUGAUCACUGAUAACGGCGGGGACGUCAUCACGAUCGCCAAGGCAGCCCUCCCCGGGGAGAUGAUUCCCGCAUCCACUCUGACUCCGAAUGCUGCUGUACUUCCUGCAGGCGGCGAGGCGCAACCGUCCAAUGUGGCUCUUGUCAAUGCGGAGUCCGAGCCCGCACCUCCUCCACCACCGGCCACCACGACCACGCUGGUCACUUCCACCAAGGUCUGGGCCAACAUUGUCGCGACCACCACCUUUACCUCCGCCGGCGCCGUCUACGAAGUCGAGAUCGAGGAGGUCUAUGUCACCGUCACCGAGACCCAGACCAUCAACCCCAUCGUGAAACGCAUGGAAGCGGAGAAGGGAAUCGCCCGGAUGCUACACCACCACCGAAACGCUCACCGCCAUGCGAUCUGAGCACCUCCGCGCCCGGCACAUCCAACACAGCGGAUUCGAGAUGGUCGGUGACCCCCUGCACUAGCGACGGUGUUCUUGGGCGACGGACGUGGAAAACUUUUUGCGAUUCAAUUCGGGUUCAUAACAUGGAAGAUUUACAAGCUCUGCAGUUCUAGUCGGAACCUCAUGCCUGGCCAUCGCUGGUCACUUUGACGGUCAUUUCGAACGAUGCAUGCCCGGAGCCGGUUUCAUUAUAUGUGUGUGUGUGUGUGUGUGUGUGUGUGUGUGUGUGUGGGAAUGGGGGAUUUACAUCAUGUUCAGGCGGUUUAGUAGAACCUCAUGUCCGGUCACUGCGUGCCGUUGAAG